AGCUAACAAACGCCAUGCGAUAGUCAUUAUAUUGUCAUCAUCAUCACUCUUCAUAUGUAAGACUGAUUACUCUCAUAACAAUAAUAAUAAGAAAAGUAUAAAAAAAAUCAAUAAAAUAAAUAAAAGGGAUGAUCUCUCAGAUUUCCUUGUCUUCGCUCCAAAAGUUGGCAGACACCCACAAAUUAUAAGUCAUUAAUGAUUAAACCACUGAUACUGACUCCUCCAGCGCAUUUUAGCACUCACCUGUUCUUCUCCUUCUUCUUCUUCUUCUUCUUCAAUCCUCUUUCGCUCUCGCAUUAAAUUCAAUCAGAUCGUUUUCCACCUCUACAUUUCACCAAGGCAGAAUACGGUGUAGCGGAGUUUGCAGGUUUGCAUAGUUCUGAAAUGCGGGGGCGUCAGCGUGGGACGUCGAAGGACCACACCAGUGCUCACGACAAAGAAACUUCUGUACGUUUACUCAGCGGCAAAGAUGUUGGGAACCCUUCAUGGAAACGCUCUUUACCUCAUAUGCUUGUCGCGAUUCUUUCUUCGUUCUUGUUUGGUUACCAUCUCGGAGUGGUUAAUGAGACACUAGAAAGUAUUUCCGUGGACCUCGACUUUAGUGGGAGUACCUUAGCCGAAGGUCUAGUGGUGAGUACAUGUUUAGGAGGUGCAUUUGUUGGAUCUAUAUUUAGCGGCUCGAUUGCAGAUGGAGUUGGGCGUCGGAGGGCGUUUCAGCUCUGUGCGCUGCCAAUGAUAAUUGGUGCAUCACUAAGUGCAACGACUAAAGGUCUGUGGGGUAUGCUUCUAGGGAGGUUUUUAGUUGGAAUUGGAAUGGGCAUUGGCCCAGCUGUUGCAGCUCUCUAUGUAGCAGAGAUUUCUCCGGCCUUUAUAAGAGGCACAUUUGGUAGUGCCACACAAAUUGCUGCAUGUCUUGGAAUUAUGGCGGCUCUCUUUAUUGGACUCCCAGCUAAGGAAAUAGUGGGUUGGUGGCGGGUUUGUUUUUGGGUAUCUGCUGUUCCUGCUGCAGUACUUGCUUUUCUCAUGGAGUUCUGUGCAGAGAGCCCCCAUUGGCUUUUCAAGAAAGGAAGAGGCCCUGAAGCUGAAGCUGAAUUCGAAAAGCUUUUAGGAGGAAUACAUGUCAAAUCUGCAAUGGCGGAACUGUCCAAGUUCGAUAGAGGGGAUGAAUCGGAUACAGUUAAGUUGUCAGACCUACUCCAUGGCCGGCAUUUUAAAGCGGUUUUCAUGGGCUCUACCCUUUUUGCUUUUCAACAGCUAUCUGGCAUAAAUGCUGUUUUCUAUUUCUCUUCUACCGUCUUUAAAAGCUUUGGGGUACCGUCAGAUGUUGCAAACAUAUGCGUGGGAAUCUCAAAUUUGUUUGGAUCGGUAAUUGCGAUGACAUUGAUGGAUAAACUUGGAAGAAAAGUGCUUCUGCUCGGAAGUUUUUCUGGCAUGGUAGUGUCAUUGGUCCUCCAAAUAAUUGCAGCAAGCUCUUUCGCAUCGGGAUCUAGGGCAUUGUACCUAUCAGUUGGUGGCAUGCUUCUAUUUGUCUUAAUGUUUGCUCUCGGUGCUGGUCCAGUCCCCAGUCUCCUUCUUUCUGAAAUAUUUCCUGGUCGGAUUAGGGCCAAGGGAAUGGCAGUUUGCAUGGCUGUUCAUUGGGUGAUAAAUUUCUUCGUCGGUCUAUUGUUUUUGCGCUUGCUCGAGCAAAUUGGGGCGCAAUAUUUGUAUUCGCUCUUCGCCGCCUUUUGUUUCACCGCAGUGAUCUUUGUGAAGAGAAAUGUGGUGGAAACGAAAGGAAAAACACUCCAAGAAAUUGAGAUUGCACUUGUUCCACCAGCGUAAAGACUCUAUAGUUAUCAACUGGGCUAAGACGAUUCCAUCAUGUGCUCACAUUCGAAGGCCAAUGUAUAUUGUUGGAGUGUUUUUUUUUUUUUUUUUUUUUUUUGGUUCGAGUAUUUUUGUGAGCGCAUUGAUGUUAUUUUGUAUUGGAAUUUAUGGAUGUAACUACUAAAUGAUAGACCAAAAGCUAAAAAAUUGUAUGUCACUUUAAUAAACAAACUCAGAAAAUAUCAUGUAA